AAAAAUGGAAAAAUCGGCACAAAACAUCUCAAAUCUGAAACAGAGGCUUCGAAGUCCAUUUGCAGAUCUCUCCUCCACCGCCAGGCGUCUUCUCCCUCCUCCACCGUCCGGCGUAUUCUCUCUCAUCCGGCGACCGGCAUCUUCGUUUCUCCCUCUCCGUCUUCCCUCUUUCGCUCUUCGUCGUUUGCAGAUCUCUCCUCCGUCAGAAAUCCCUCCUCAGAAAUGGAGAUUGAUUCAAAAAGUGGUGAGAAUCCUUUAUUAAAUGAGAGUGAAGAAGUUGAGGAACCUAAGAGGGGAACUAAAAGGGUUUGAUUUGACAAAAAAGAAAAGAAAAGAAGGGGGUGAGCUUGAAGAGAUUCAGCAAUCAGAAGUAAUUCAGGAAAAACCCAUUUCUUGGUUUUGUUGUUUGGUUGAUUCUAGGCAGCUAUAUCAGGGAAGAAUUAAUUAUAAACAUAGAAUAUAGUACUUAUCAGUAAUUUAGGAAACAACCCAUUUCUUGGUUUUGUUGCUUGGUUGAUUCUUGGCAGCUAUAUCAGAGGGAAGAUUCAUCCAUGUGUUUGGUGGAAUCACUUUGAGAGAGAUGGGGUCUUUCAUAGGGCAUAUUCUACCAGGGACAUUGUUUCUUCUAGUUGGGGUGUGGCACAUAUGGAGCUGUGUGGUCCGAUACGUAUCAAACCCCAUGUCAUUUAGGGUUAGGGUUUGGUGUCCUGUGCUGGGUUUUGGUGGUAGGCUUAAGUACUUGGAGUUAUACCUUAUAGUGAUUGGCAGUUUUCUCGACUUGUGUGUAGAGCUUCUGAUAGCAACCCGCCUCAAAUUCUUUGUUCAUGGUGUAUUGAACUCCGUUUACAUGAACAAUUUUGAGCACUCUGGAAUGCUUAUCAUGUUCUUCAUCUUUGGUGUCAUCAGUCUACUCUCAGAGAAAACCAGCUUUCUUCCCUUGCCAGAAGGAGCUUUGUGCCUGAUUGCUGCCACAGCUUUCUGUGCAGAGUAUCUUCUAUUCUACUUCCAUUCAACUACCCACAUGGGCCUUGAGGGAUACUACCACCUCAUCCUUGUCCUCCUAAUAUCACUAUGCGUUUUAUCAACUGUUGCUGGAGCGCUAUUCCCAACCAGCUUCCCUGUUGAUUUGUGUAGUGGAAUUGCUAUAACACUACAAGGCCUCUGGUUUUAUCAGACUGCAUUCACUCUCUAUGGCCCAAUGAUGCCAACUGGUUGCCGACUCAAGGGGGAUUUUAUCUUAUGUCAUUUAAUGAACCAUCAAGUCCGAGGCGAGUUGCUUGCUAACUUCCAGCUAUUUGCAAAUGUGUUUGGCGUGCUCGUUGCAGUUGUUGCAUCAUAUGGUUUUGCAGCUUCAAGAUUUGGGCAUCCUGAUCUUAGAAGAUUGCAUGCAGCUGAGGAUUGACUAGAUCGGAUUAAAGUUUCAUGCAUGCGUAGGAAGAUUGGUACUGAAAUUGGCAGGAGGGGACUUGAAAAAGUCAGAGAUAGUUAUGGAAGUCCUCAGCUCAAGCGAUAAGAAACAUCUGGUGAAGGAUGCAUUCUCUUCUAUGUAAAUUUUGUGCAAUGGAUAUUGAGUUUUCUGUUUGGUGCUACUCACUGGAUCAAUUGGUAGAUAGCAAAAAUGUUUAGAUGAAAAACAGAGGAUAACACAAUUACCUCAAUAAUGUAAAUUCUUUCCAUGAUGAUGAGGGAGGUUUGAAGAAGGUUCUCCUUUUCUUUUUCCUCAUUAAUGUCCAUUUUUCUUUUAAUAUGGCAUUCCAUUUACAUUUACAUGAGCUGAUUGUGGCUUCUGUGUCUAUGAGAACACUGCGGCUAUAGGAUUUAUAACCUGCAAAAUUAAAUGUUCUUAAUACACAUGUGUAUCUUCUUUUUC